GGCCGUCGUGUUCUUUUGUGGGUGGAAACUGCCUCGCUAAGGGCGACAGAUUGUCGAAUUUCGAGCCGAAAUUGUUCGGACAUCGGCAGCCGGAAAGCCUGUUGGACGUGUGUGCAAAAGUGGUGGCGCAGCACAUCCCAUUCCAGCGCAUCGAGGAGCGCUACAACAGGAUACCCGAGCCCGUGCAACGCAGGAUCAUCUUCUGGUCGUUUCCGCGCAACGAACGGGAUAUUUGCAUGUACUCGUCGUUAUCAAGUGACUCCAAUAGUUGUGGUGACUACCAGAAGCUUCCUUUUUACCGUGGCCUCAAGCUGUAUGAGGCUGGGUGUGUCGAUAACGUGUUGCAAGUAGGUUUUCACUUGAGUGGUAGUGUGACGCCCAAUGCCCCGGGAACGGGAUACCCCGCCGAACCCGAGAAGAAGUUUCGCAUCUCCAUCAGCUUCGACAGGUGUAAGAUCACCUCGGUAACAUGCACGUGCGAGACACACGACAUCUUCUGGUGCCAGCAUGUGGUGGCUCUGGCCAUCUACCGAAUCCGGAAUGCCGACAGCGUUCGGCUUCGAGUUCCCAUCUCGGAGACCCUGCUCCAGCUGGACCGGGAGCAGCUGCAGAAGCUGCUGCAGUACCUGAUAGCCGAGCACCACACCGAGGUGCUGCCCACAGCUCAGCGCCUGGCUGACGAAAUCCUCCAGUCGCGGUCGCUCAUCAACCGCAUUGCCGGCGCCCCCGACCCAACGGCGGGUGCCUCGGCCGAGGAGGAUCAUAGCUGGCACCUGGACGAAGAGCAGGUCAGCGAGCAGGUGCGCGCCUUCCUCUCCCAGGGCGGCUACUUCAUGGUCUCCCGGCAGCUCAAUGCACUCUUCUCCAAGGUUAAGGAGAUGCUUCGGGCGGGCGAUUCCAACGGGGCGCGCAUGCUGCGUCUCAUCACGGAGCAGUUUCUGGCCGACCCGCGCCUCGUCAUCUGGCGGGCCCAGGGGACGCCCAUGUCCGACAAGUGUCGCCAGCUUUGGGACCAGCUUGGCACCCUGUGGGUCUGUGUGGUCUUGAAUCCGCACUGCACCAGUGCUGAGAAACAUCAGUGGCGGCAGCUGCUCGAACGGUGGUCCUCGAUGCACAUCUGCCCGCUGGAGGAUGCCGACUUUCGUCCCAGCGCCACGGGACGCCGUCCCCUCGUGGUCGACGACGAUUCGUCUGACUCGUCCGACGACGACGGUGGGCACGGCGACGGUCGAGGCGGUCAUCACGGAGGCAAUGCAGGAAGUCACCACCACCCACGGGGAGUGCCGUCUGGUUCUCACCACGGCGGCCACUCGCAUCGGCGGUCGCGACGAAAUGGCCUCGUAACGCCGCCGCGCUCCAUCUUCCACCGUGCGCUGGAGGCUUGGAUGCUGUCGUGGGACGACCCGCACCUGCGCUUCAUCCUGUCGCACGAUGCCUGUGCCGAAACCCAUUCCCACCGCUCGUCCGCAUUGUCCUCGUCGUCCUUCUCGCCGUCGUGUUCGUCGUCCUUGUCGUCGUCAUCGUCGUCAUCAUGUUCCAGUUCCUGUGCCUCAUCGAGCAACCUCUUCAACUCACAAGGUUACCCGCUUUGGCAUGAACCGAUCCCGGUGGCGUGCUCGCGGGUGGAGGCCCUGCGCUCGCACGGCUACCAGCAGGAGGCCCUGCGGCUGGCGGUGGCCGUGGUGCGCACCAUGAAGCGCCAGCAGCGAGAGUGGCAGUGCCGCUGGCAUGCCGAGCAGGAGCGCUCGGGCAUCCACCACCACCACCACCAUCACCACCACCACCACCACCGGGGGGGACGCACCUCCUCCUCCUCGUCCUCCAGCUCUUCGUCCUCAUCCUCCAAGCCCGCAUCCGUAUCGUCUUUUCACUGUCUUCCUGGACGCCCGUACACAGGUUUCUCCAAUCUGACAGCGCACAACAACACGGAGGGCUGGGUGGGCCACCCGCUCAACCCCAUUGGUUCCUUAUUCGACACAUUGGCUGAGGCGUCUCUAGUUCCAGACAGCAAGCAUCUAGAAUACUUUUACGAAUCGCUACCGGGCCCGAGUGCCGAAGAAGCUGCGGCUACCAGUAGCGGGAAUGGCGGUGGCGGCGGUGGAAAUGGUGGCGGUGGUGGCGGGAACAACGGCGGAGGAGGGGGAGGCAACAACAAUGGAGGUGGUGGUGGUGGAGGAGGUGGCAACAACAACAACAACAACAAUGCGGCUGGCAACUCGUCCCACCACCCUCAUCCGUCUCACGCUCCACACGGAAAUGGCGGCGGCGGGGCUGGUGGCUCUUCAUCGUCGUCACCGUCUUCCUCGCAGUCGUCGUCAGCGCAGCCCCGGGAAAGACCCAGGUAUCGUCAUGUUGGGGUGCCAGGGAGUCGGGAUCGCAGCGAGUCGCUCCUUUCGCUGGCUGUGGAGGCGGCUUUGGUGGGACUGGGACAACAGCGGUCCAUGCCGGUGGGUCUCUAUGCACAGGAGAAGGCGUGCCGGCAAGAGGAGCGGCUGAUAGCGCGCUUGCGGGACGUGGACGCGGACGGCCUGCUGGUUGGGGUGCUGCGCAAGCAGGCCAUGCUGCUGCUCGAGGGGGGUCCCUACUCGGGCCUCGGCGUGGGCGCGCACCCCGAGAGCGUGCCCAUGCACACCUUCGCCCGGUACCUGUUUGGGGCGCUGCUGCCGUAUGACGCCGACCUGGCAUACAGCGUCGGGCUGCGUGCCAUGCGGCUUCCAAUCCUGGAGAACCAGGAGGAACCGGACGACCCCGGCACUGGCGUCAACGCCCCGGCCGCCAGCCGGUAUCCGCGGUGGUUCACCCUGGGCCACGUAGAAGUGCAACAGUGUGCCCUGGCCUCCACCAUGCUCUCUGCCGCAAAGGAGGAUCUGAUACGCCUGCGGACGGUGAUGAAGUCGUCGCAGCGCAACAUCCACAGUUCGUCGCAGUUGUUCAAGCUGGCGCAGGAUGCAUUUCGCAUUGCCGUGCCCCAGGACGGUGGUCCCAGGCACUUGGCCCUGCUCAACGUUGCCUUUGAGCUGGGCCUACAGGUGAUGCGGGUGACCCUGACGUCACUGAACUGGCGACGACGGGAGAUGGUGCGCUGGCUGGUGACUUGCGCCACAGAGAUCGGCCUGGACGCCCUGGUGUCCAUCAUGCAGAAGUGGUACCAGUUUUUCACACCAACCGAGGCUACCGGUCCAGUGGCCACAACUAUAAUGUCCCAUGCCACCAUCCUUCGCCUCGGACUUGACUUCAGCCAGCAGGAGGAGCUGUCGUCGUGUGCCCGCACCCUGGCACUGCAGUGCGCCUCCAAGGAUCCCCCAAACUGCGCCCUCAAUGCUCUCACCCUGUGUGAGGGGGAUGCAUACGCCUUCGAAACGGCACACCAGAUCGUUGUCGACGCCGCAGGCUCCGGUGUCAUGACUUCGUCACAGUUGUUCACUGUGGCCCGGUACAUGGAACACCGCGGCUACGCCCACCGAGCCUACAAGUUGGCUGUUCUGGCAACCCGCGGUGUACAGCUCGCGUACAACCAGGAUGCCCACCCGGCCAUCAAUGACAUUCAUUGGGCAUGCGCGCUCGCCCACUCGCUCGGUCGCUCCGAGCUCGCGGGGCUCGUGCCGCUGCUGGUCAAGCACGUCCAGUGCGCCACGGUGUUGUCGGACAUCUUGCGCCGGUGCUCGAUGGCAGCGCCGGGCAGCAUGGGGACGGCGCCGCUGGAUGCCAAGCGGCGCUGUGUGCGCGCCCUUUCUCUGGACAAACCCCCGCUGCGGCCCUUACUGGACGCGGCCAUCGCGGCAUACGUCAACACGACCCACUCUCGCCUGGCCCACAUCUCUCCGCGCCACUACGGCGACUUCAUCGAGUUUUUGGGCAAGGCCCGCGAGACCUUCUUGUUGGCCCAGGACGGGCACGUGCAGUUUGCGCAGCUCGUCGACAACAUGAAGGCGGCCUACAAGGGCAAGAAGAAGCUCAUGUAUCUAGUCAAGGAGCGGUUUGGCUGAGAAGAGGGCCGUCACCUACUCAAGGCGAUGCGGCGACUCGAGCCCUAGCCGCGCAUGUUGGACCCGGCAUGGCUUCUCGGUCAAGUGCACGGCCCCCGUUCCAUGGUUCCUUGCGUAACGGCUCUGACCACCGACGUGGGCAUCCUUUUUUUUUUUUUUUGCCUGGAGCAGUGGCAACGAUAUCAAAAGGCACUCCUCGUCCAUACUGGAGUUGCUUUCCCCGCCUGCUUCAGCCCUCCCACCCUUUCUUAGAGAGCAUCUACAGAUGCUCUCUGAGAAUCGAAGCAAAGCCUCUGUUUCUUUCAUUUGCUCACGUGUAUCCUUUUCCGUUGGGCAUCCCGAUGAAGACACCCCUUCCUCCAUGUCAGCCUAUUUGUGCUUGACAUAGAAUACUUUUUACGUGGUCCCAAAGCUGGGACGAGGGUAUGUGGAGUAGUCUUACUGCUCCUAAAUGUAGUGAAAAGAAAAAGUGAUGCCAAACCACCGUCGUUCACAAGGAGAUGUCUCUCUUGGAACUGUUGCUUAUAGAAAGCUGGAAAACAAACAAAAAGACGAGAAAAUAAAUGGCAGGCCUGGCGAGAGACACUGGUCUUUGUGUUUAGAGUCCUUAUUGUUUUAGUGAUUUAAUUGAUUGACACAACGACAGUGUUGCAGGGAGAUGUUCUCCGCCUUUUAUUGGUUGUUUCGUGCAUGUUGCGCAUGUCUCCUCUGUUUGUUCAUUGUUUGUCGUGCUGCACAUUGUUUCACGUAGGUUGUAGCCCGUCAGAGUUGUGUUAACGUUUUGUCCUGCUUCAGACUGUGUACAUUUCAUUGUGUUCUAUGUAUCUCUUGUGUGUUUCAUUUUUUGUUUUUUUGCAGAGGACGACAUGCCACCGACGUUGCUGUAGGCUACUUGCCCUACUGCAGAUGUUUUUUACCCACCGCGUUUUGUUGCUAGCCAAACCAAUUACCCCCAUACAUUAGCUGCAAUGUGGCCAAUCGGCCAGCGCGAUUGUCUCACUUGUUUGUGGAUGCGAAACUGUGACAAGAGCCUUUUGGUCUUGCAAAUCCGAAUGAAGGUGUUAUUGUAUACAACGUGCACACACGUUGCCUCCAAGCCUAGAUCAAACGUAAUAUAAAUGUGACAAAUUCUUUGUUUUCUUUUUUUUAAUUGUUCUUGCAUUUUUCAUGGCCAACCACAUAUAAGAAUCUGUGGGAAUACCGGUCACUUGUUCAUUCCUUCAGUGCUCAUUUUUAAGUGUGCAAGAUUGAAUUCACCGUUUCGCAGUGGCAUUGCGUCAAGUUGGCAGCCGGCAUGACGGGCAGGUGGAGUGCCGUUGAAGCCACACUUGAUGAGUUUUUGUUCAAUAUUGUCGCGUCCUUUUGUGUUAUACCAUAUGCUUCGCCAACUUCGGUGACAGUGAGGUUCUUAGGCCUCCUGGAGCUUUUCUCGCUUGGGGCCGAAGUUACAGUCACAGGCCAGACCGGCAAACACGGUCCCAGUCUCUUGCAUUCAUGCACUGAAGUGUUUUGCUUGGCGGCGGCCGCACCAAAGUCGUUGCUGACGGUUCGAGUCCUAUGCCUCGUACCGCUCGCGACUAUGACACCAGAAGUUGUCCACAGUGGUCGCCCUCCACUUGUGUUGGUUGUUCUGAAUGUUAAAGAGCUCAAGCGUUUAGCAAUUGACCUGAACUGGCUGUUUCAUGUUUACUUUCUUUUACCAGACCGUGUCUCUCGCCAGAAACUUCCGGUGACUGGUGCAUGUAGAGGGACGACGAGCGCGUGUCAUUUGCAAUCGCGUGUAGCGAUAAAGUCCCUCUCAUGUUUUUUUUUUUUUUUUGUAUUGGUUUUAUAGUUGGAUGACAUAUUUCUACACACACGACGAGCCAUUUCUUUUUGUUAGACAUUGCAAGGAUCGAAAAAAAGGGUCCGCGACCUCUUGUAUAUAGUUCGCGUGCCCAUCUCCGCAAUAUUCCAGAUGCGGCACGUGCAUUCUCCUUCUUUUUCUCGCGUUUCCUUCACUUGGAUCUGUAGCCGUUCUUUUGUAGUGAUAUACGAACCACUUCGUCUCCUAAAGUAUUUUGUGGUGAUUUAGCUCCUUUUUUCGGCCCACUUAUUCCCGCCAGAAGAUGAGAAGCAUGCAGUUCGCUCUUUGCCACCGUAGUUCUGCUGUUCUCGUUCUUAACCCUUAGACAACAUUUGUGCCUUGCGGUUGUUGCAGUUUUGUAUAUUGUUUGUACAUUUUGUUUCGUUUGCGGCGUCUUUUUCCGCUUCGCUCUCCUUGCUUAUAUUCAUUGCUUUACAACGAAUUCUUUUGUUUAAUAUAAUGUGAUGUUUGGCUGCAUGAUUAUUUAGAGAGAUAAAGUGGUUUUUCAGGUAAUGUUGAUGCGGCGCGCCAUUCAUCCAAAUAUUGCGCAUAUACUUACCGAAAAAGGAAGCAGUGCGGUGUUAUAAAAAGUGUGCAGUGGGGUUGAUGUCAUAGUUGAUACACUAGUCAGCUAAUAUUCGCUUCAAGUGGGCCAUGUGACCACAUCCAUAUUUCUCGCACAGUCUUUCGUUGAGCAUUUUGUGUCAUCGGGCAUUUGCCGAUCGCUAACAAAAUCUUCUAAACUGAAUGCGUGCUGGCAGUUGGGUGCACUUUUCACCCUUUGAUGCAAUUCCAGGAUCACCGUCAGGGUUGCCGGGUUGAAAAGACAGACAUAGUCAAAAAAGAAAAGCUAGCCAGAAAAGUAGCCAACAAUGGCCAAAGGUGCUCAAAAGUUCAAAAUGCCACCAGCACUUCAUUAACCUAGCCAAAAGAAACACUUUCAUGGUGAAGUGUUAUAAAAUACGCUUAGAAAUCCUCUCCAACAUUUUUUUUUCUGCAAUUACGUUUCGAACUAUUCAGAAAAUAUUGUGGAGAUACUCGAGAAAUAGUGAAAAAAUAUUAGACUCAAUUACACUUCAAUAUUCAGAUUUGCACCUAAAAUUUUACUAUUCGCACAAGUCUAGUUUUCUUCAUUAGUGUCCCUUCAAAGACUUGUUUCACUGUGGUUACCUAAUCCAAAGAAAUGACAUAAAUAGCUUGUUGGAUAACCGAUUUCUAAUAUUGAGCGCAGAGCACUCAGCUGCAGGGCGUCAUGUAUAUCAUAGCACUUUCGAGUGUUUUUUUUUCGCUCCCAACUGCAGUAUGAAAUAGCGCUCAGCAACAGUCGGUUCGAAAAAUGAGGCUCCACGCAACAGUCUUUCUCGUAUCUAAAAGUCUUUGGUGUAGUGCAACUGCUAAAAUCAAUUUUCGAAUCUGGAAACACACCUCAGCCACUGUUCUCUAACCACAAAUGCUCGAACGUUGGCGGCUGUGGCGUCGCCAGGUACAGAUAAUUUUGCCCGAUUGAGAGAACAAGAAAGUAGCUGAAAAGUAGCCAAGUAGCCGAAGUGUCCUUUUUCUGCUUCCACCAGCCUAAAAACAAACCUAAUUGGCACAAAUUAGUCAAACCUGGCAACCCUGAGACUUGCUGUUCUUUCCAAUUUACUUGAAAUACUGUCGUUAUUGAAGCUGGAUGUGACUUAAUUCAGGGGGGAUCAACUAAUCACUAGAAACACGCUGCUAUUUUUAUGGACACUGUGUUGAACUUGUCUAUCAGCCACGCUCCAAUGACCAGAGUAUUUUGGUAGCAACGACUGCUCAUAAUGACAGUUUUGCAGCUACGGCACUGUGCCGUAGGGAGCGUGGUCCCAGGUUCUGUGGAGCAGGUUGGCUUUUCUGGGGUUUUUUAAUGUGCACCCAAAUCUGAGCACACGGGCCUACAACAUUUCCGCCUCCAUCGGAAAUGCAGCCGCCGCAGCGUGGAUUGGAUCUCGUGACCUCGGGUCAGCAGCCGAGUACCUUAGCCAGUAGACCAUCACGGCGGGGCAUAUAUAUAUAUUUAUACGUGAGGCUAUGCAAAAAAAAGUGUCCAAUGUAUUGUCUCUUACUAAGCUUAUUUCCGAUCCUCCGUUUUCAUUCGCGUCUUCAUAAGCAAAAGCAUUUUAAAUGUUAUAAGCGGUAUUUCGUUUUUAGCUCUUUCAGAUGCUAUAUACACAAUUGUGUACACAACUCGUUUUUGCUAUUUGCAUUAACUAGACUCUCUGAAAGAGCAAAAUAUAUCGUACUUUGGAUAAAUCGAACCUCCUGCAUUAUAAGUUUUUCUUCACUUUACUUGAUUUUGCAGAGUACCAUUUCGUAUGUUCUGAAAGCACAAUCACGUUCGGUGAGUCGUGUGACGUGCCGUUUCCUGCAAGUCAUGUGAAAAUUAUAAUUUUUCUUGCUUCAAAGUGGCCAUAACCAAAAAUAAUUUGCCUAGCCUGAGAGUUCAUUCUAUUUGUGCUGAAACAAAGCGUCAAUGACUUCAGGAUAAGUAGAUAUUGCAAUGCACCUCCACCACAUGUAACGUCUUAGUUUAGACGGCGUUUGUUCAGCCCAAGGACUCGGCAGCGAACAGGCAUUUUGAGGCCAAGCGCGCACACUCACGAUGAUGGUGGUGGUGACACCCGGUGAAGACAAGGACAGAGACCCAGACAGAUGGGGGUGAUUAUAAAUGCAUAGAUGAAAAGAAGCUUAUAAAAAAUGCCCACAAUAUUUAAUUACAGCUUAAUUAGGCUGUGUUACUAUAACAUGCAAAAAUUCAUAUAUUAUAGCAUUAUUUUUGUUGCAAUAGAAUAUUGAGUGCCUUCAAAUAACGUUCUAGUGAUUUGGCACAAUUAUAGACGGUUCUUCAUAGGUGGUGUCUGAAAGGGUUAAACUGUCUAACGCAAUGCCACUUUAGCCGUUGAACGUUCCUCGUCAGGGGAUCUCGAAUCAUUAUUGGUACGUACAUGCCACUCUCACAGUGGUUUUUCCGCCGAUGACUACAAAGCAACACUACUGCCACGUCUCUUUCUGUACAAUAUCGUUUUGAGUGUGACGGGUGUGUCGGUCUAUCCGUUCCUCCAUAAAAGGCCUCGCUAUCCAAGUUUCCCCUCUUUGCAUUUCUCCUGCAUAUGGCCUACCAUCAAGAGGCUUUCAUCUCUCUAGCAGCGUAUCAACAUAUCGUACGGCCUUGCACUCGAGUUAGGCUUCUUGCUUCCCGAAAGCCUUUAGUUACAUUAGCAUGCUACAUGCGUGGUCUGUACUUCAGCCGGGGAUAAAAGAGAUUCGCUAAUACUUCGCAGCAGUGCUGGCUGGUGACGUUUAGGAAUGUGUUGGGGCAGGGCAUACGACCAUCGGGUAUUAGUGAAAGGUGGUCCUAUCUUGAUCAACAAAGUCACUAAAAUGUGGCGACAGUAACGGCAGAUGGCUGGUAAUAUUGUGUCAAUGUUUUCAUUGCUCCCAAAGAUAUUCCUCAUUAGGUUUUGUGCAAUAGCAGUGCGAUUUUGUGAGAUUGUAUCUCGAGGUUGUGUUUUUCUAGAAAAGGGUAACCUUGAUGGACACAGAUGAUUAUUGGCUAAUAAAUUGUUAUAAGUUGUCUGAAAUUACACAAACGGGUGCAAGCCUCCCUGCAUUUUGCUUGGAAAAAGAUGGGGGAGCGAGCUAGUGAUACCGGUGAGCCAGUGAAGUCUCGGCACUUCUAGCCGCACAGUCUGUGACCUGUUAACAUCCCUAAACAAUCGCUAAGAAUAUAACCACUCAAACUCCAGAAAGAUAAUAUGAAUUACUUAAAAGUGCUUUGAUUUUUCAACUUUUUCACUGCAUUACCAACGCUGCUUCAGAAGUGUUCGUAAGGCAAUUCAUUAGAACAAUUACUAGAUCUCGAUUGAACAGACUCACUGCACAGAACUUGUCGGAUGUCUCGCGAGGAGAAAAGUGGGUGUGUCGGGAUAAUGAUUCCAUUCAUCUGCAUGCCUUUACUCACUUCAAAGUGUGCGCACGAUCUCAUGCAGUUUCCUUUUUGAUAUCCAAAGCAGUCUAUAUUUGAUCCGGGAGAAGAUGUUGUGGGGAGACUGGGUGUGUACAAGAAACAAAAGUAUGUAAAUACAAUGAUUGGUGCAACUGUUUGUUCUGGGCAUGCAUUAUUUUUUUUGUCUGUUGUGGUCAGUAAUUGCUAUGCAGUUGUGAUCAGUAAUGCCAUAAUCGAAAAAUUGUGUACUGUUUCUUCAAACUGUGCUCCUAUGAAAGCGACAGUUACUCCUUGUUCUUGUGUGACACUGUAACACCCACACGGUGUGAUGCUGAUGCUUUCUACCCCUAAUUAGGCAUUUGUUGAACAUCUGACGUUCUAUUCCUACUCUUCAUAUUUUCUGCACUUUCAUUUGCGCUGUUGUCAAAAUAUGUUGUGGAACUCCAGAGUACUUUUUUUAGAAUUCUUUGUUAAUGUCAACAUGCUCGUUUCUUGCCAUGUGUUUAAGUGCCUUGUGUUGAACUGUGAAAGUGCUGCUCUUUUGUUAAUUUUUUUUUUGAUGCCACAUAGUUGACCUGAACCGAACCUCAGAAUCAGCAUUUCAAGUACAUUUUUGUGGUAUACUGUGUGCCUUUAACUGCAAGUUUUAUAUCCAUAUUAUCUCAUUUGCUUUCAUGAGAUGUCAUUCUUUUAACACCCCUUUGACUGUUGCCGGUAGGUUUUCAGUACAUAUGCGAAAUUGAGUAUGUAGGCCAUAUUUUGAUCCCAUUUGUUGAUAGGCCAUGGUCAGUGGUCCUUUGACUUUGUAAGUGCCGAUCAGAAAAAUAUGCAAAAUAAUAUAAAUGCAAUGAAAAUGUUUUUAUCAUUGAUUGUAGAUUAUAGGUAGUAAUACACUCUACAAAUUACCAAUUUUGCAACUUAGUGUAAAUGUAAAAAAAAAGGAGAGUACCAUUUAUCGACAGACAUGGUUUACUUACGUAUUAUAGAAAAAAAAAAGAAAAAAAGUAGCAUGCCUUGCUAACGGCAUUUUGAGGCAUCUGUGAGUUGCACUGGCAAAAUAGUUCUUUCUUUGGAAGUUACUACAAAACAUUUUCUGCGUAAGAAAUCUAGGGGAACUUUGCCAUUUUGCUUGCAGCAACUUGACAAGGAAUCUCUCCAUUUUCUUGACAAGCUAGGUUCGCAACCGAAGAAGUAAUCUCUGCAAGGAUAAUAAAACUCUUGGUCACUUCCUUUCUUAAACAGCAGCUAUAUGAUCCAUGCUAACCAGAAGGGUCAUCAUGUGAAGGCGCAAUGUUCUCAAAACUCAUUGGCCAGAAGUGUCGGAGGCUUAAGAUAGGUGAACCUAUAAGCGUGCACAGGAGGGAUGGGGGGCUCAAUCUCAGCCCCAUACAUUCACAUAAGAGCGAGAGGGUCACUGUAACGAACAUACGCACCCCACCUAAGCCAUGCGCACGCCUGAGAGUGAACCGCUCAAACACAUUCCACAAACAGUUUGGAAAGUUUUUGUUUGUGACCAAGAUGAUUUUCUUUUUUUCCUUGCUAUGGAGUAGCUUUCUCGAGGAUACCGAACUGGUGUUCAUUGAAAUGAGACUUGCCACCGCAGUGCAGUACUCUUUCGAAGCCUUCCCUGAGGAUUUACACAAAACCUUCCUGAAUAACCAUAUUUAUAUAGGCUUAUCCUUGGCACAUGAAUAGCAGUGCACCUAAUUAGCAGUCCUGCUUGACUAGCCCCACUGCAGCAGCUACAAUAUCUCGAUUGUAUUCUCAGAAUGUGCGGUGCUCGAUCCAUCAGCACCGAUCAGUCUUCUUAAAAGCCGUACUAUGCCUGAGACAAUCCGGGCACGAUUUCCCGAUUGUCUCGGUCUAGUUUUGAUGCUAGAGCACGCAAGUCACUCUGCACGGCUCUUAACUGGAUGGGACGACGAUGCCUUUUAUGGAGCUGCCGCAGCUGCCUACCUCACAAUGAGCUAUGCCAAAGACGGACUGGAGCUUCCAUGUGACGAUGAUGCCUUUCUCACGUGUCGCGCAUCACGCAUACAUUUUCUUUUUUUCAAGGAUCUCACGCUCCUCCAUAGAGAGGCAUCGACCGUUCCAUUCUCGUUGAGAGCCCUGCCGGGGCAAUCGGUUAGCCAGGGUGAUUCAUUCGCACUGUGUGGUGUAAUGGGCCCAACUGCGCGUUGUGUGUCUUUUUCGAAUUUCGAAGCCUUGCUGUGACUUUUAGACCACUUUCGUUUGUGCAUCUGUUGUUUCUUCUUUUUGAUGCUGAUGCGAGUGUGAUGCCAUGUGCAGGAUUGGUGUUGCGGUAGUUCUGUUGUAUUGUGGAACCAGUUUUGUUAUGAGGAAACCGUUCGGCUUGUGUGGACCACACGUUGCAAGCACAAACGAACCACUGUAAUAGAGGAAAGGUAUUUCGGCAAGGUACUUGCACAGUCUGUGACAAGCAAACCGAACUGUUGGCUCAUGUCUAAGGCACCGUUUGAUUACAGGACACCUUGCUCACAACUAAUGGUCGAGCAUGUUUGAGUCUUGUCAAGCUGCAAGAAACUAAUUUGCAUUGAUGAAAAACAAAAUAUGGUCUUUGAAAUAGCAAAAAAAAAAGUGGUCUAGCACAAAGUGGCUUUGUCUCUUUUGCCAAAGACUGUAUGUGUAACCGGCUUUCCCACUUGCGUGAAGCCUUCAACUCUUGCAUGCAAGAGGUGUGCUUGAUUUUUGCUGCUAAUUUGUGCUCGCCUUUAGGUUUCCUUGCCCGGUGUUAUGUUCUCUCAGAAACGAAAAUCAUGAGGCAAUUUAUCCUGCUGGCAUGGUGUCUCACUUCUGCAUUCUAUUGAGCCAACCUUUUGCUUUACUCGCAUGACGUCCCUGUCAUUGUUGCCGAAUUUUGUUCCUGUUUGUGUGAGUGAGAUCUCUAUUUUGUUCAUUUUACGUAAGCAGGACUUUUAUUUGACGUGCCGACCUUGUAAACGAGCAUUAGUGUCAUUCCGUUAAUUGCGCCCAAAAGCGAGGCAGGCCUCCUGAAGUAUCAGUCAAUGAUCUAUCUCUAUUGAAUGAGGAAAAAGAAAGGCAAACGAAAAAGACAGUUGUGACUGUGGAAUGUACAAGCAUCGGUGAAGUUUUGUCGCUACUUCACCGUACAACGAUAACGAUAGUUAUAGCGCGAGAACAAAACGAUGACACAGAGACAAGAAAACCGAACAAAACGACGACACAGAGACAAGACUUUCGUGUCCUUCUUGUCUCUGUGUCGUCGUUUUGUUCUCGCGCUAUAACUAUCCUCAUGCCAUACCAACUAGCCCAAGCUGCCACACUUCUGAUUCACCGUACGGUUUCAACGUUGUGCUGAAUGGUGUCGAAUGUAACAUUCUGCCCCGUUAACUUAAAUAGUCGUGCUUGGUAUGCUCCACUGCAACAGCAGAUGUGCGUUUUAGUUAAAAUUAUCACAGAACCUGCAUAAAAUUAUUUCUGCUUGGUGUGAUUGGCUGCAAGUGUAAUUGCAUUGCAGCACCAAGUUUUUGCAUUUGCUAGCUGCUCUGCUGAUCAUUCGAUGUUCAGAAAAUUUCUCUUCAUAUUUGGAAUAUUUCAUCUUGGCUGCAUUAUUGUUUUGUAUUAGCACAUUGCCUUUGAGUAAGAAGCGCACUGAGGCUUUUGUGAUCCGGAGCUUAUUCGCUUUGAUAAAAUUCAGUUCUACGAGGCUCACACCCACGAUUCACUUGAGCAUAAAUGUUACUGAAUCACACCCAGGAAACAUGCUCGUCUUUGGCAGGUUUUUACGAACACGCAAGAGAAAUCCGUUUCUUUGUGACUAAGCCUAACGCGCCAUGAGAUGCAGUCAAGCAUAUCUACCUUUUCCGAGCAUUAAUGCAGAUUUAAAACUUUAAAUCCGACUCUACUAUGAAGAUGUCACUGAAGAACCAGCCGGUGAACGUAACAUCUGCUUUGGUACAGUUUAGCUGAUGGCACUGGGCAUUGACUGUGGAAAAAGUGAUCAGUCAUGCAAGUCUCAUUUGAAUAUGCUUCAGAGAGUGGUCUCUACUUGUGGUGCAGCGAACUACUAUAGGUUUGUCUUAUAGACCUGAACUGUGAGAGACAUUGUACACAUGUCCAACUACGCAUCUGCAUCACUGUCCGCAUCUCAUAAUUGGAUGGAACUCGUCGUGCGAGUCAUGCACGAGGUAUGCGCACAAAUGAUUGAACCUGAAGGUAUCGCUUUGUGUGCCUUAUAUUCCCUUUGUGAGUGCGUGUCAGCACGCUCGUAUGCUUGCUUGUCGUAUGCAAAACGGCCACAAGGCGAGCAGGGGUAUGCGAAAACGUGGUUGGACAUGCGUGCAGUCAUCCGCACAGUUUGCCGUUUGAUAGUUUUCGGUCAUUUUCCUGAAUUCUUGAUUUGCAAAGCAAGUGAGGACCAAGCAAUGCAGGUUUUGUUUGUGGCUCUAUUUCGUACGGUUUUGUGUCAUUCUUCGUGUUAUGUUGUGGGUAUGCUACGUAUAGAUAUAUAUAUAUAUAUACAUACAUAUAAACAGCUUGUGCAAGGAGAGAGUGUGAGUGCGCUUCAUAUCUCUCAGCGUCAUUGACGUCGUGUUCAUUGUCAUCAUCAUAGACGAGUGUGUCAGCACGUGUGUGUGAAAAAUUGUACGUGCAUUGGUUUGCGUGUGUUCACUUACUCGUGGCAAUUCUCUUUGACGCGGUAUCUCCGAAGAAAUAUCAUGUACAGGAUAUAUUGCGCGGAUAACCAUCGACGGCGAGAAUUGGCGACACGACUUUCCUGUUGCCGAUGGACACGUUUGCAAUUGCCCCCUUCGCCAACUCAGCUCUUCUAUCCCACUGUUUUCUCCUAUAAAAAUGUUCCAGUAACGUGCUUAUCUAUCUACGAACGCUAUGCAACACGUGAAAAAAAAAUACGAUGAAAAAUGCCAGGCGAUGGAAAGAACGACCAACGAUGAUGUGCUUCGAAGGGACUCUCGCCGCGCGUUCUUGAAACUGGUGCGGUGUGGUGUAAGUGCGGUGUUUGGUGAGCAAGAAGAGCCCCACUCAUCUCCGGAACAGUGGUGUUGUCUGCUUUGGACCCGUGAUCGGUUCGACUCGUGUCUCAUCGCGUGUCGUAUGCGCGAUCGGAUUCUGCAACGUGUCUGGAGCAAUACGACGGGCAACGACCGAAGCUGCCGCUGCAAGACUACGGCAAAAAAAAAAAAAAGAACACUGGUGCGUGUGCCUGCUUGCCCGUAAACUGUUGUGUGUAAACUUUUCUCCUCGACGUAUCUUUUUUUUUUUUUUGCCCCUCAAACCCAGCUAUUGCUAGUGUUUGUAUGUCUUGCGAGUGCGUGGCCGUAUUACCACUUUGGCAUUAUUUUGGGGGAGGGGGCAUCUGCGUAUCAAUUGCUUUUUUUUUUCUUUUAGCAUGCCGCAAUUUCUCGCUUUGAUUAGAAGCACCCCUGAGAACAGAUGAGAACGAGCGUUGCCGUUUUUGCCGCUUUCAAUUAUUCAGGAGCUUGAAUGCUAUAAACUUGUGGAUUUUAAGUGCCCAUUUACUACCAGUCAUUUUGUUAAUUUUUACAGUGCCCUGAUAAUUGGUUAUCACGCCACUUCUUAAUGAAGAAUUCGGCAUUGUGUCACUUUCUCACUCAUGACACCAUGUUUCGCCAGUUGAGGUUAUGCACUGAAACAUUUGUGGCAGGUGUACACAAACAUUAUUAAACACAAGUUUGUUAUAACCGAAACUUCAUUUAGAGAGAUGUUAGAAGGCUAUUCUUGAUUUACUGCAUUAUAACUGAUAUUUUGUUAUGUCCGGGCUAGUUUUAUUGAGGUUUGGCAGUAUCACCAGCCUCAAGAAAACAUUUUUGGCUGGCAUUAUGUCACACCACAAGCAAUCAAAAAGUUUCUAAUGAUCUAAUGCACUGUUUUUCGGCUAUGCUGCUUUGGUAAAAUACAACAAUACGGGAUAUGUACUGUUGAGUAAACAUCAUUUAUUGCACUAGAUGAGAUGUAAAUCUUUAUUGCACCCUGUAAUUAUGCAAAAGUAUCAGCGUAGGCCACUCUUAAACUGUUCAUGUGACAAAAAAUGCAGAAAGAUCCAGUCAUAAGUAAUAGUCCGGUUACAUGCUAUGCCUACGACAUCGCAUGUGAUCAGGUUGAACCAUUGGCACGUAGAACCCCAGAACUUUUUCUUUUUAGCGUGAAGGCGUUAAAGAGCUCGUUCGCAGAAAUUCCAGUGUUGGUGUCAGUGUCGUUCGUGAGUAAAAAAAUCAUCACCACGGUUGUGACCGAUUAAAAUCGAGACUGAUGCAAAUAAAAUAACUAAUAAAACUUUCCGGGUCUGAUUGAGGAUUGGAUGCGUGGGCUAUCUGCGUGGCAAGCAGGUGUUCUAUGACAGAGCCACAAUAUUUGUUGAAACUUUUUUGGAAAAAAAAACACUAGCGAAUGUUACGUAGGGAAAAGAGUCUUCGUAACACAUCAGAUAUGGCGUGGCAGAAGGGUAGUAUCGUGCCAGGCAUUAAAAGAUGUGAAUUGAGUUAGUGUUUCAAAGGCUCGCCCAUCACAAAGCGCGUAGACUUAUUCAAGCAUCAGCAGCAGCAGACCCAUCAACAAAGUGAACAGCUGCAAGGUUUGCGUGUUGCCCUAUGGAAGAGUAGCGGGCCCUUUGCUGAUUUGCAAAAGGAGUAAUUGUGGUGUAGCAGGCACUUAACAACUGUGCUUCCAAUAGGCAUUCAACGAUACUUCGACACAACCAAUGUUGUGUGGGCAGUUGUUCAUUCCUGGCGGCACGGUUGAGGCACCCACCGAGAACUGAAUUAGGCUAGCGUUUUAGAAGCGAAUGCCCUCGAGGCCCGAUUACGCUAUCGUGAUCUACUCUUGAAGGUGCAUCUCAAACGUCCUACAAACUUUUCUUUUUUUUUGCUCAGGAGUGAACAGAAAGGGUCGCCCUUGCUAUUUUCUAUGCUUCUUAACACAUCCGCUUGUUCUUAGCUUCAAGCUCCUACAUAACCAUUUGGCUCAUGGCAAACGCUAUCCGGCAGAAUGAACGUAGCGUGUGCGCACCUACGUGUGAGAAAGUGUCCUUGAGAGAUUGUUUUGUUUGCAUUUGCUUUGUAUUCUUACCUCAUACCUCAUCGCAAAAGCAUAUCCAUCUCACCUACCUGAUCGGCUGUGUUUGUUGAACCGUUGUUAUGCCUUCGUUUUUGUUUUCUCUUUUGCAUAUUUUUUUGUCGGUCAACACUCAUCAGCUGAUGGAAUGUAACCGGUCCACCUGUGUUAUCACUAUUUAUUCGAAUGGAUAUUUAAAAUGUCCGCGUUGAAACAGUUGAAGGGCAAAAUGCGUGGUGGUGUGUGAGCAUUGAGUGACUAUGACCUCCGGAAUAAAAAAGAAUGUCUCAAA